AUCACGCAUCCUUUCUCUCUCUCUCGCUCUCAGGAACUCUCCAUAUACUCAGCCACCAUAGAGAACACUGGUGAAGUGGUUCUGAUUCAUAUUUUGAUUCUCGCAUUGGCUUGGCCCUCUCUUUUCCUAAUAUAUAUAUACAUCUAUAUAUACAUUUAUCUUUUCUCUUACUUCUCCUCAAAGAAACGAAGCUAGUAAAUGUUUUCCCGCUUUUCUCAGCCGUGAUUCUCUAGAAUCUCUCUUUUCCUCAACUGGGUCUUGCUUUGUCCACCUUCGCCGACCCUCUUGCUCUUGGAUUGGGUCCUUCAUGUUUCAGUCUCCUUUUUGGUAAUUUUUCUAAAAUUUUACUUCUUUAAGCCAAGGGUUGCUAUCAGAGUGCUAUAAAGGCCUCACCUUUGAGCUUAUUUGCGCUUAAUUUCUUUGAAAGCCUCCACUUCUCUGAUACAAAUUCCGAAAUUUCCUCUGGGUUUUGCCUCUCUCCUUCUAGGAUUACACCUUCAGGAACCAAAUCAGAUUUCUCAGGUUUUUCUAAGAUUCUCUUCGAUUCCCAAAAGUGGGUCUUUUUAAGAUUCUUUAGUUUAUGCUAUUAAGAAAAGGAGAUUCUUGAUUCCCGGUAAAAGAUUCUGAAUUGAUUGCCUUUUUAAGCCAUUUUAUUGCAGAUAUUAGGACCUGUAAGCAUGGAGACUUUGUAUCCAGCUUCAUAUAUGGCUGAUUCUAACUGGUUCAUCCAAGACAGCCAGAGCUCAGAAUGGACUAAAGAAGAGAACAAGAAGUUUGAGAGUGCUCUGGCUAUGUUUGAUGAGAAAACGCCUGACAGGUGGCUGAAGGUGGCUUCAAUGAUACCGGGGAAGACGGUUAUCGAUGUGAUCAAGCAGUAUCAGGAGCUGGAAGAAGAUGUUAGUGAAAUAGAAUCUGGGAGGUUUCCAAUUCCAGGGUACCUUACAUCUUCUUUCACAUUGGACUUGGGAGAUGAUCGAAAUUUUGAUGCUAAUAGAAAGAGGCCUUCUGCAGCUCGAGGUUCUGAUCAGGAAAGGAAGAAGGGAAUUCCAUGGACAGAAGAGGAGCACAGGCGGUUUCUGAUGGGACUUCUAAAAUAUGGGAAAGGGGACUGGAGAAAUAUUUCCAGGAAUUUUGUAAUCUCUAAAACUCCCACACAAGUGGCAAGCCAUGCUCAAAAAUACUUUAUGAGGCAGCACUCAGGAGGGAAGGAUAAAAGAAGACCAAGCAUCCACGACAUAACGACUGUCAACCUCACAAGCACUACUCCAUCAGAAAAUAAUAGGCCUCCUUUAGACCAGUCUCCACCAGAGCAGAAGUCCACUGAAUCACCAAAAGCAUUACUUGACUGGAAUGCGUGUGAUGAUGGAGGAGCCAUGGUUUUUGGCUCCACUCAUGGCAGUCUUUUCGAGUCGUCUCCGUAUGAUGUAGCUGCGGAAGGGAUUAAGCUUCAGUUGCAAAAACUCUACAGCAGUGCUAAUUUUGCUGCUCAUGCCAAACCCCAAAAUUCGAUGUAUCUAAUGCAGACCUCAAGACAUCAGAUACAUGGUUAAAACACCCCCUUUUGUUGUACUCCUGGAUUGAAAAUCCAAGCAAAUGACUUUCUGCAGAAUUUCAAUGUUGGCUCCUUAUCACGGUUGUGUGUGAUUAGCGUAAUAAGGAUUUGAUUUCGUACAUAGUUCUUGAACAUUCCACUAUGAUAAAAUCCCAUAAAGCCUCAAACUGUAAUGUCUGAAUUGUAAAAUUGAAAUGAAUGGUAAAUCUGCUCUUCCCUUCA